GUAGUACCCAAUUGUCAAAAGUUGCAUGUGCCUUAUUUAUUAUUUUAAUCGAACAUGAGGGAUAAACAGUUUAAUAAACACAGGAAACCUUUUAAAGGUAAAAAUAACAAUAAUAAUAAGGUAAGACGUCCUUUUAGUAGUCAGAAUAAAACUGACUCUAAUUUUAUGGAAAAAAAUUCGAUAAAUGAACGUCAAGUCGGUAUUACUGAAUAUGUAACAAACAGUGUUGGCUUUACCGGUGUUCUGAAGUCUCGUUACUCCGAUUUUCAUGUUAAUGAAAUUGAUUGGAAUAAUGAAAUAUUAACAUUAAAUAAUCUUGAAGUUCCAGAAAUGCCCAAUCCAAAUAAUUUGAGCAUCGACGAAAUAAAUGCAGGUAAAGAUCAGUUCAAAGAUCUCAUAACUGAAAAUGUGUGGAAGAAUAUUGCAGAACUUGCCGCAUCGUCUGCAGAAAACGAUAAAAUUAUUAAAGUUGAUGUUAGUUCUUUUAAUAAGGAGCAACGCACGCUUCUACAUAAAAUUGUGAAAACUUUGUAUAGCAGCAACAAGUUAGUGAGUAAAACCACUGAAGAGGAGGGUGAAGCUAAAAAAUUUGUUACAAUAGCGAAACAAAAAUUUCAACGUGAAAACAGAAAUACUUGGACAUUCCCUGGGGAAUAUAUGCACUUCUUAGUACACAAGGAAAAUAUGGACACCAGUGAAGUUGUUUCUGCUUUGGCUACAAAAAUGAGAAUGACUCCAUCCUGCAUUAAUUAUUGUGGCACUAAAGAUAAGCGUGCAAAAACAACACAGAAAUUUUGCAUCAAAAGAAGAGCACCGUCACAAAUUUUUGGUAUUGUGAAAACCCUUCGCAAUGUUACAGUUGGUAAUUUCGAAAAUAGUGAUAAGGUUCUUAAACUUGGUGACCUAAAAGGCAACAGAUUUCGAAUUGUUUUACGUCAUUUAAAAGGUAACAAAGAGGAUAUUGAGUACUCUCUUCAAGAGCUAAUGAAACUUGGUUUUAUUAACUACUAUGGUUUACAAAGAUUUGGAAACUGCGCUUCUGUACCCACUUAUAAUGUUGGUGUAGCUUUACUCAAAAAUGAUUACAAAUUGGCUGUUGAACUUAUAUUAAAACCCAGGGAAUCUGAUAAUGAUCACUUGCGUGAAGUAAGAGAAACAUGGUGGAAAGAUCGCGAUUCUGCACGAGCCGCAGCAAAAAUUCAAGGCAAUUUUAUUGAAAAAAAAAUUUUAGAGGGGUUGAAAAAGUUUGGUGAAUCUGAUUAUGCAAAUUCCUUGAGACAGCUGCCACGAAAUACGCUAUUGCUGUAUACACAUUCUCUUCAAAGUUUAAUUUUCAAUCGUAUUGCUUCGAGACGAAUCGAAGAAUUUGGGUUAAAACUCAUACCAGGUGAUUUGGUGUACCGCGACAAGGAUGAAAUGGAUGCAGACACAACAGCAAUUGGUAAUAUGGAAUGUGAUAGUGAUGAGAAUGCAUUUAAAAACGAAGAGAGCAGUACAGUUGAGACACCAGAAGUGUUAUCUGCAUUUAAGUUGAAAGUGAAGCCCCUAACUCAAGAAGAUAUUGAUAAUGGCAACUAUACAUUGUUUGACGUAGUGCUCCCAUUACCCGGUUACGACAUUACAUAUCCUGAUAAUGAGGUCGCAAGUUGGUAUGAAGAAUAUUUAAAAGAAUAUGGACUUACCUUAGCUUCGUUAAAGCAUAAAGUGAAACUUUACUCCUUGGCUGGUUCAUACAGAAAAUUAUUAAUUAAACCGACAGAUAUGUCUUGGUCAUAUUGUGGUUACAAUAGUCAGGAAAGCGUUCUUAUCACUUCCGAUUUAGAAAAACUGAAAGGUAUUAGUGAAAGUGGAAAGUUACCAUACACAGAAGGAGAUUUCAAGGCAUUACUUUUGGAUUUUUGUUUGCCUAGUUCAGUCUAUGCAACAAUACUAAUAAGAGAACUGUUAAAAAAUAGUACUUCUUCUUCAGACCAAACAAAACUAGAGCAGGAAGCGUUACGAUCUUGUAAUGCAGGAACAAAAAGACCAUUAGAUGAGGAAGGAGGUACGAGUAAGAAACAGAAAGAGGAUGAUACUACAACAUAGUUUUAUUGUGUACAUAUUUUGUGCAUUGAAUAUUACACUUUUAACUUUAGCUAAAAAAUAACUAAAUUGUUUUUCGUUUAUAAAAUAUCUUUAAAAAAUGUUUCCUAUGUGUGUAUUGUUAGAUAUGCAAAA